CCCCGGCCUCCGGGAGACUGGCGCAUGCCACGGAGCGCCCCUCGGGCCGCCGCCGCUCCUGCCCGGGCCCCUGCUGCUGCUGUUGUCGCCUGCGCCUGCUGCCACAACUCGGCGCCCGACUUCUUCAUGGUGUGCGGAGGUCAUGUUCGCUCCUUAGCCGGCAAACGACUUUUCUCCUCGCCUCCUCGCCCCGCAUGUUCAGGACCAAACGAUCUGCGCUCGUCCGGCGUCUCUGGAGGAGCCGUGCGCCCGGCGGCGAGGACGAGGAGGAGGGCGCGGGGGGAGGCGGAGGAGGCGAGCUGCGGGGAGAAGGGGCGACGGACGGCCGGGCGCAUGGGGCCGGUGGCGGCGGUGCAGGCAGGGCUGGCUGCUGCCUGGGCAAGGCAGUGCGAGGUGCCAAAGGUCACCACCAUCCCCACCCCCCAGCCGCGGGCGCCGGCGCGGCCGGGGGCGCCGAGGCGGAUCUGAAGGCGCUCACGCACUCGGUGCUCAAGAAACUGAAGGAACGGCAGCUGGAGCUGCUGCUCCAGGCCGUGGAGUCCCGCGGCGGUACGCGCACCGCGUGCCUCUUGCUGCCCGGCCGCCUGGACUGCAGGCUGGGCCUGGGGGCGCCCGCCGGCUCGCAGCCCGCGCAGCCGCCCUCGUCCUACUCGCUCCCCCUCCUGCUGUGCAAAGUGUUCAGGUGGCCGGAUCUCAGGCAUUCCUCGGAAGUCAAGAGGCUGUGUUGCUGUGAAUCUUACGGGAAGAUCAACCCCGAGCUGGUGUGCUGCAACCCCCAUCACCUUAGCCGACUCUGCGAACUAGAGUCUCCCCCUCCUCCUUACUCCAGAUACCCGAUGGAUUUUCUCAAACCAACUGCAGCCUGUCCGGAUGCUGUGCCUUCCUCCGCUGAAACAGGGGGAACGAAUUAUCUGGCCCCUGGGGGGCUUUCAGAUUCCCAACUUCUUCUGGAGCCUGGGGAUCGGUCACACUGGUGCGUGGUGGCAUACUGGGAGGAGAAGACGAGAGUGGGGAGGCUCUACUGUGUCCAGGAGCCCUCCCUGGAUAUCUUUUAUGAUCUACCUCAGGGGAAUGGCUUUUGCCUCGGACAGCUCAAUUCGGACAACAAGAGUCAGCUGGUGCAGAAAGUGCGGAGCAAAAUUGGCUGUGGCAUCCAGCUGACGCGGGAGGUGGAUGGCGUGUGGGUGUACAACCGCAGCAGUUACCCCAUCUUCAUCAAGUCAGCCACACUGGACAACCCGGACUCCAGGACGCUGUUGGUACACAAAGUGUUCCCCGGUUUCUCCAUCAAGGCUUUUGACUACGAGAAAGCGUUCAGCCUGCAGCGGCCCAACGACCACGAGUUCAUGCAGCAGCCGUGGACUGGCUUCACUGUGCAGAUUAGCUUCGUGAAGGGCUGGGGCCAGUGCUACACCCGCCAGUUCAUCAGCAGCUGCCCGUGCUGGCUGGAGGUCAUCUUCAACAGCCGGUAGCCACGUGGGGAGAGGACAGAGCGGGAGCCGAGCGGGCCCAGUCCAAACUACUUUGCUGCUAACGUUUUCCUCCUGAGUGCUUGCUUUUCAUGCAAACUCUUUGGUCGUGUUUUUUUUCCCCCCUCUCCCCUUUUCGUCUUUCUCGUUUAUGCUCUGUUUUGUUUUGUUCUGUGAGAAAUAGCUUAUGAAAAGAAUUGUUGGGUUUUUUAGGGGGUGGUGGUGGUAUGGUUGGCAGAACACCUCAUGUGAAAAGGGGAGGCAAAAAUCAGAGUACCGCCAAACACAGUGUUGGAAUGGGGAGCAGGUCCCAACUUUGGGGUCGUUGUUGCCCUUGUCAGGGCGUACGUGUGAGCGAGUGUGCGCACAUGCGCACGAAUGCAGAUGGGGGACUCGUGUGUUUCUUACGAUGUCUCCGGCUGAGACCUUUUCCUCCCAAGGUUGUCUCUCUGCCCCUUGGACAUGCUCAGUGGGGCGGCAGCUGCCAGCAGCAAGGCUCUGUCCCCAGCCCCGGGAAGCCCCCACCUCGCCUCUCCCCUUCUAGGACAUUGGCUUCUUAGAAACAACCCUGCAAGAGGCUGAACCAGAACCCGUUUUUCCAUGCCGUCUUAUCGCUCCCCCGUAGCCACCCUGUUGCCAUUGUCGUGUCUUUCUUUUUUGACCGUCUGCUCCUGGACAUCUCUGAGAUGGGCUUCCCAAGGGCUGCCGGGGCAGCCCCGUCACAGUAUUGCUCACCCAGUGCCCUCUCAGGCCCCUCAGCCUCUCCCCUGCCCUGGUGACAUCAGGUUUUCCCCGGACUCAGAAAACCAGCUCAGCACUUUCCUCCCCUCCGCAGCCCAUGUGUUGAGCUCUGCUGUUGGACCAGCAAGGGGAGAAGCCCCGGGAGGGAGACUUCUCAGCAUCCCCCUCUUCCCACCAAGGAUUCGGUCCAUCACAACCCAAGGUACCAUCCUGAGCUGACACCUAACUCUUUCAUUUCUUCUACAACUCAUACACUCGUAUGAUACGUUGACACUGCUCUUAGCUCAAUGAGCAUGUUUAGACUUUAACAUAAGCUAUUUUUCUAACUACAAAGGUUUAAAUGAACAAGAGAAGCAUUCUCAUUGGAAAUUUAGCAUUGUAGUGCUUUGAGAGAUAAAGGACUCCUGAAAAAAAAAACCCUGAGAUUUAUUAAAGAAAAAAUGUAUUUUAUGUUAUAUAUAAAUAUAUUAUUACUUGUAAAUAUAAAGACGUUUUAUAAGCAUCAUUAUUUAUGUAUUGUGCAAUGUGUAUAAACAAAAAUAAAGAAAAGAUGCACUUUGCUUUAAUAUAAAUGCAAAUAACAAAUGCCAAAUUAAAAAAGAUAAACACAAGAUUGGUGUUUUUUUCUAUGGGUGUUAUCACCUGGCUGAAUGUUUUUCUAAAGGAGUUUAUGUUCCAUUAAACAAUUUUUAAAAUGUAUACUUGA